CUGAGGAGGAGCUGAAAAUGCAGAUUUAGCAUCAGGCACAGAUACACUCGCUCUUUCUCUGAGAUACACACAGCUCUCCACAUUAGCACCUCUGCGAGCAAGCCGGGCUGCCUGACUACACGGCUUCCCCGCCAGCCAGAUGCUAGAGAACACACACUGAUUUGCUCCUUUCCAAACCCCUAAUCAGUGUUUUUCUCUACACAAAGAUUUUUUUAAAACAAGCAACAACAAAAACUAUAUAUUUUUUUUCUUUUUUUUUUUUAUUUGCACCUUCCUUGCGGGACCACUGCUCCGCCAGUCUGCGCGCCUCCUAACACCACUUUUCACUCCCAAAGAAAGAUGAAAGGUGGCUGUGUCUUCCAGUGGAAGGCGGCCGCCGGGCUCCUCUUCUGUGUCAUGGUUUUUGCAUCUGCCGAGAGACCGGUCUUCACGAAUCAUUUUCUUGUGGAGUUGCAUAAAGGAGGAGAGGAAGAAGCUCGCCAAGUUGCAGCAGAACACGGUUUUGGAGUCCGAAAGCUCCCCUUUGCUGAAGGCCUGUAUCAUUUUUAUCACAAUGGCCUGGCAAAGGCCAAGAGGAGACGCAGCCUGCCCCAUCAUCAUCAGCUGGAGAGAGACCCCAGGGUAAAGAGGGCCUUGCAACAGGAAGGGUUCAACCGAAAAAAGCGAGGGUAUAGAGACAUCAACGAGAUCUACAUCAACAUGAACGACCCUCUUUUUACGAAGCAGUGGUAUCUGAUCAAUACCGGGCAAGCUGAUGGUACUCCUGGCCUCGACUUGAAUGUGGCAGAAGCCUGGGAGCUGGGAUACACAGGGAAAGGUGUUACCAUUGGAAUUAUGGACGAUGGGAUCGACUAUCUCCACCCGGACCUGGCCUCAAACUAUAACGCCGAAGCAAGCUACGACUUCAGCAGCAACGACCCCUAUCCUUACCCUCGAUACACAGAUGACUGGUUUAACAGCCAUGGGACCCGAUGUGCCGGGGAAGUUUCUGCAGUCGCCAACAACAACAUCUGCGGGGUCGGAGUGGCCUACGGCUCCAAGGUCGCAGGGAUCCGGAUGCUGGACCAGCCCUUCAUGACGGACAUUAUCGAGGCCUCCUCCAUCAGCCACAUGCCUCAGCUGAUAGACAUUUACAGCGCCAGUUGGGGCCCCACCGACAACGGGAAGACGGUGGAUGGGCCCCGGGAGCUCACACUCCAGGCGAUGGCGGACGGCGUGAACAAGGGCCGAGGGGGCAAAGGCAGCAUCUACGUGUGGGCCUCAGGGGACGGCGGCAGCUACGACGACUGCAACUGCGACGGCUACGCCUCGAGCAUGUGGACCAUCUCCAUCAACUCGGCCAUCAACGACGGCAGGACCGCCCUGUACGAUGAGAGCUGCUCCUCCACCCUGGCCUCCACCUUCAGCAACGGGCGCAAGCGCAACCCCGAGGCCGGAGUGGCAACCACAGAUUUGUACGGCAACUGCACCCUGAGGCAUUCUGGGACAUCCGCAGCUGCUCCGGAGGCAGCUGGAGUGUUUGCACUGGCUUUAGAGGCUAACCUGGGUCUGACCUGGAGAGACAUGCAGCAUCUGACCGUGCUCACCUCCAAACGGAACCAGCUUCACGACGAGGUCCAUCAGUGGCGGAGGAACGGGGUCGGCUUGGAGUUUAAUCACCUCUUUGGCUACGGGGUGCUUGACGCAGGCGCCAUGGUGAAAAUGGCCAAAGACUGGAAAACUGUGCCUGAGAGGUUCCACUGUGUGGGAGGCUCCGUGCAGGACCCUGAGAAAAUACCGCCGACCGGCAAGCUCGUGCUGAAGCUCACCACCGCCGCCUGCGAGGGGAAGGAGAACUUCGUGCGCUACCUGGAGCACGUGCAAGCUGUCGUCACGGUCAACGCGACCAGGCGAGGGGACCUGAACAUCAACAUGACGUCCCCCAUGGGCACCAAGUCCAUCCUGCUGAGCCGGCGGCCACGGGACGACGACGCCAAGGUGGGCUUCGACAAGUGGCCUUUCAUGACCACCCACACCUGGGGGGAAGAUGCCCGGGGGACAUGGACCCUGGAGCUGGGCUUCGUGGGGAGCGUGCCCCAAAAGGGGGUGCUGAAGGAGUGGACACUGAUGCUCCACGGCACGCAGAGCGCCCCGUACAUCGACCAGGUGGUUAGGGAUUACCAGUCCAAGCUGGCCAUGUCCAAGAAGGAGGAGCUGGAGGAAGAGCUGGACGAAGCGGUGGAGAGAAGCCUGAAGAGCAUCCUGGGCGAGAACUAGCCCCUCGGCGCCCGCUCCCUGCUGCCGGCCCGCCGCCCCAGCCGGGCAUCUAGCGGUUAACCUCCCCCCACACAAGCGACUCCAACUUCUUGCUCCGAAGCUUUGCUCACUGUCAGUGGUUAUUUUCAUUACCAUGGAAGCAACCUUUUUUAUUCUGUGCCCCAAAUACAGUGUUCCCACCAACA